GUGGACUGAUGCGACCGAGUUAACGACCAUCGUCACGUCUCCGGUCUUCAAGCCCACCCUCAACAACCACAACGCUGCUGGCGGCGCUCCUUAGACUUCAGCCUGCCGUUGGCUGGGCGAGCAGCUAUUUGCCACUGUCCACACAGUUCCUCCGUUCGUCCAUCCGCCCGCCAUGUUUUCCACAAAGUCCGCGCAGUCGCUGCGGCGGCUCUUUGCUGGCUACCACGAACCGCUCCCGCUGUCGAAGCAGCAGUUGCAGAAGCUCCUCGACGGCCUAAAGGCAUCGUUUCGAACCCAGCUUGAUCUAGAGUACGGACGGAAUCCAGAGAAUGCCCUGGUCACGUCCAAAACGACUGGGAACGACCUCCAGAUCCGGCAUUCGGCGGCGACCCAGCACCUCAAAUCGAUACUGUCGAAUCCGCUCUUCAGCUACAAGAUGGAGUCGCCCACACAGGGCCUCAUGGUCUCCCCGUCUGUUCCAAGGCGAGACCCUAUGGAUGUGUUUGACCACGCGGUCGCGCGGGGAAUGAUGACUCUCAAGGCCGCAACUGGGUGUCUUGUUGCCAAGAGGCAGCUGCUAUCUGGAUCGGUCGCUGAUCUGGCCUCGUCCGAGACGGCGUUGCGCAUGGUUCGCUGGCUCCGCUCGUCGGGUGCUGAUGGCGACCUCGCUUUCCUGGACAACCAGGCAUUCGUUCGGGCCCUGACCCCGUUUCUGGUGGCAGAGGGCUUAGAGAAUGCAGCCUGGGACUGGAUCACCCGUACCAUCAACGACACGUCAGCGCACUGGGAGAACGAACUGCGUGUCAAGCGGGCGUCUUUCGUCCUCGCCGAGCUUGUGCGAACCAAGAGCCAGCCACAAUAUGGCAACUUGGACGCCGCUAUUCAAACGAUACUCGACGCGGAACGCCACUUUGAGAAGAGCGCUCUUCUGCCCGACCUACUGGUGCUGCCGUGGAGGUCGGUAUCGUGGCUCUCCACGGUGGAAUCAUACAGCAGGACCGCUCCUUCGGAAGAGUUGUUCAACGCUCACAUAGCGACGGCGGAUCUCCUUCGGCGGCCGUUCACCGUCGAGAAGGCACACCUGCAACUACACCACCCCACACACCCCGAUCAUACCGCGGCGAUGGACUUCUUCCAGGACCGCAAGGAGCUGCGAAAGCUGGUCCGUCGGCUGAGCCCGGAGAAAGUCAACCCGGCUAAGCUCAAGGGCAUGAGCAUCAUCCCCUGGAUCGCUUUUCUAGGCCACGACACUGUCAACUACCUCACGCAGUCGGGCAGGAGUGAGGCGGCCGAGGACGUAUCAGAGCUACUACGAUCUGAGCUAUCGGAUGUGUUUUCCGAGACGCUGGGUCCGACUUGACCAUGUGAAGACUCCAAAGGGACCAGAAAUUUUCCAUAAACGGCCCAGGGAAGCUGAGUCUUACGCGACCAGCCACCUGCGACCAGCCAGGCCAUCCAUCCCAGGUGUGAGCAUACCGCGCCGCUACGGGAGCUUGAUGGCGGAGGAUGCUUGCCAAAGGGAAUACGAGCCGAUGAGGGGUCUCGGAUCCAAGACAAGACAAUUGCGCAGGCACAUGCCGUGUGCACCAUGGUGGGCAUGCAGGGCAGUCUUGGGCGCGAGAGAAGGGGGCCAAGUCAACCAAGGGAGGGGGGGCCAGGUGUUUGAAGUUGGGCCUUUUCAUGUACAUUGUACACGACGGCAAAUGAACCAUGACUAUCGGUUGGGGUGCAGACAGCAUCCAACCCAAAUGAAUAUACCCACCACGCUUUUACAUGCAAUACAUGUCAAAAACACAUUGCCGCCCAUGCGG